AUGGCCACCUUUAUCAAUAACAGAGGGGUACCCCAACAAGCUCAAUACUAUCGCCCUCCAUCCUAUCAACCCCAAGCUCCGCCUGCCCCCAGACUGGAUGUCAGGGAUGACUAUGAACGAUGGUAUACCGAGAGAGUACCCAACAACAGAAUGGCAUUGUCCAUUCGGUCCGGUAUUCCUUCAGAAAUUACAUGGGCUCUCGAUCGUCUUUGCCGUCUUGUCAAUAACAAUCAAUUCAUGUUCAUUCCAGGCGUCAUUGACGGCUUGUUCGAUUGGCCAGAGUGGUAUGUCAGGGAGGGAUACAAGAACUUUAAGGAUGCUGGCCUUCUCUUUUCUGUUUCUCCAGCCUCCGCUCAACAGCGCCAGUUUGCUCUGGAAUCUCUCUUCAUACUCGGGAAUGCCGCUUUAUACGAGCCUAACGCCGAGACUUUUGCCAGGCAUUCUCAUACUAUACCCCUUAUCUUGAACGCCCUCCAUACUUUGGAUCAUAAAGGGGACUGCGAAGCCCUCCUCCACAUUCUCAAUAUAUUUCACUUUUUAGCUUCAGUUUAUGUUGUGCAUCCCGCCGCACCAGCCAUAUCGAACCCAAUCCCCCCCCUUCUACGAAUUGUAUCCGAAACCUCCAAUCGCACUAUGAUCAUUGCGACUCUGACAACAUUGACUUCCUUGCUUUCCAAUCCUGCCAACGGUGCACACUUGUCUGCUCAAUCUGAAGCUCUCGCAGCGUCAAUACGAUACCUACCCUUAUUCAUCGACAAACCUCUGAUUGAUGCCUGCCUUAACUAUCUUUAUUGUCAUAUUUCCCAUCCCUCUAUGGCUCGGGCAUUCCUUCUUCAUCCUGAAAUGUCGGCUGUUCUCAAAGUUCUUAGUAAUCUGCUAAUCCACGAACAACGCGCAAUCGAGAAAACUUUUACCAUCGAUAUUACUGGCCCUAUCUACACUGCGCCUUCCACAACGCAGCCGACGCGCGACCAUGACCUUACAAAAGAAGAGCUAGAGAACCUUGUUCAAAAGCCUGAACCUCAGCGUUGUUAUGACUGGAUGCGUGCUAUGUUUUUAGCGAAGGCUGAUGGAGAAUUGACUCAGGUUGAUUUCUGGACCCUUUACAAAGAUGCCUUCUCUCCAUAUGCAGAACAACACCCUCUUUUGGUAGCCUCGGACGUAAUAAAAAAUGUGACAAGCGUUUUCCCUCAAGCUCAAGCCAUGGUUCUUCAAGGGCCAGUGCAACGCUUCGUCGUGAGAGGAGUAGACAGACGGAAAGAGUCAGCUGCCAGCGAGAGAUAUAGAUGCCAAUGGAAUCGUUCCCAAUGCACAUCAUCCCCAUUUUCAUCACCCACCGACCUGUAUGACCAUGUUCUUCAGCACCUGGAGUCUGCAGAGACAGCAGAAACGUCUUGUCUGUGGUCGGCAUGUUCCCAAGCCCCGCUAUCAAAGAGGGAUCUCAGCGUACAUACUCUUACCCACAUUUCAAGUACGCAGCCAAUGCAAAAGCACCCUUCUCAAAGCGACACCAUAACUUUGCCUACUGAAAACUAUCCUCACCCAGUACCAACACCCACUUCACGGCCGCCUCCCCCACCUCGGAGUACUACGAUAACUUACGACGCCCCCAUUGCAGAUCCUCCAUCUACUUCAUUGACAGCAUUGCUCAUUAUUCGCAUUCUUUUUCGCACGUCCUUUGCUUCUUCCGAUGCCGCGCCGCGCGUGGACGCAGAUCACUUCGGGUUCCCAGGUUUGGUUGAAGAGACUGACGACCCAUCAGAAAAUGCACACCACGCCGAUGGGAUUCCUUCCGGAGACGACAAAGAGGGCGAAAGACGAGGUCGCAGGGCAUUUGUUGGAAUCAGAAAGCUUUUGGAGGAGGUCAAAAUCCGGGAUGAUGUUUUAAUGGGCUGGAUUACUGAGAUGGUGGAUGCUGCCAUGCCCUAUCACAAUGAAUAG